AAAAGGCAAAGAAGAUCACCCGUUAAGUCUCGCGACAUUUGUGAACGUCGCAAGGUCAAUUGCGUGUACGUGAGCUGCCGGCCUGCGGCUGACAGACACUCAGCGGUGACCCGAGCAGAGAGCGACGUCACUACAGGACCGCAUUUUGCAGAAGUUCACCGGUACGAGCUGCACUGAUAAACGCGGUUGGUGUGAGACAUGGCCAGAGGAAGCCGCAGCCGACCCUCAGCUCAAGCGAGCCCAGCUCCAUCUUAUGCUCCUGCUCCAGCUCAUCCGCCUCCUGCCUCCCUGGCCCCGGCUCCUGCUCAGUCCCAGGGACCUGGUCUCAUGGCCCAGAUGGCUACUACAGCUGCAGGGGUGGCCGUAGGCUCGGCUGUGGGCCACGUUGUUGGCAGCGCUCUCACAGGAGCUUUCAGUGGCAGCAGCAGCAGCAGCAGCAGCAGCAGUCAAGAGCCCGCCAAGUCCUCAUACCAGGACCCCCCCCGGCCUGCUCCAGCCCAGCCAGGUCCCUGUCACUUUGAGGUCAAACAGUUUCUGGACUGUGCCACCAAUCAAAGUGACCUGACUUUAUGUGAGGGUUUCAACGAGGCACUCAAACAGUGCAAGUACUCCCAUGGUAUGACUUCACUGGUGUGAAGGAUGUAUGUCAGCUGCCAUGACCAACAGAUUUUAGUCAUGAGAGAUGCCACAGAAACACACACACACAUCUGAAUGCCGCUCCUCAGGCCAUCGGCAUGGUGGUUCUGUUUGCUUUGUUGAUCGAUGUGAAAUAUUUUUACAUAAUGUACAGUGACCUACAUUUAAUAAACAGCUGUUAUCUUUUUCUGUUAA